UAAUAGUUUAAUUUACUCUGUACCCAAUUCUUCCUCGUUGCUGUGUGUGUGUGUGCGCGCGUAUGUGGUUGUCGAUGGCGCUGUGUCCGUUGCUGCAGCAACCGACAGCAAACGAGCGAAAAAAGGCAAUAAGUGUACGAGUGUACGUGUGUGUGAGUGUGCGUGCGCGAAGGACCAACAGCGGUAUCCUUUUUCGAAUGCGUAAAACUGCUGAAUGUGUGUGGCUGUGUGCGGGCGUGCGUGUGUGUGCGUAAUGAAUUUUUGGGGGUGUGUGCAGUAUAGAGUUACAGAAAACGGAAUCGAUUGAGGAGACGAAUUUUUUGGUGGCAAACAAAUGGAAUAUCUGUGCAUGAUCUUCAAGUUAAAACACGAACACACGAUAAAGAAAAAUAGGAAAACACGCACAUGCACGUAUUCACAUCCUUUGGAAAUAGACGAAAAGCUUUCCGGCAAUCGAACCGAGCAUCCGACAAAGCAAUGGCGUGUUUCCUACGCGCAUGGCCAGUGUUAAGUGUUGGUGAUAAAUAAAAUAAAGAAAAUGUGUAAAAUUCAUAUUUUACCACUACAAGUGAAUGUGAGUUCCAUAGUGAUGUGAAGAUAAAAUUUUGAUAUAAUAUAAAAAAGCAAAAGCACGGAGAUUUUAGCGCAAAAAAAAGAAGUGAAAAGCGUGUCCCUGGAUGUGAGUUUGCUGUGACACAGAACGGUUAGUGUCACAAGAAGGAAAAAGUUAAAACAGGGGGGCCCAAUACUGCAUAUCAAACUCUCUGUAGUUCGGAGUUCUUGCCAUUCCUGGACAUAUUGGAUUACUGAUAUCAACCUCCGGGGAUAGCUAUUUCUAAAAAUAAAAGCAGACAAUCCUCCAGCAUCGCCAAUUGGUGGCUGUCCUUCGCCAGUGACCGUACUCGCUCAUCCCAAAAGUUCUAGGGCGAACCGUGUGCCCCCAGCAAAACUUUCCACCCGGAACACUAUGAUUGCGGCACUGGUCGCGGAACCGAAACGAGCAGCAGCAUCCACGACGACGUCCAAGAAUCGUUGCAAUUUGUCGUUCGUCGAUUUGCAUAGUUGUAGCACAAAGUUUCCCGAGGGAAUUCUUCCGCUCGUGUAGGAAAGUUUGCACCAUCGAAAGCAGGAAAGGAAGCUGCAGCGAACUAGCUGCAUGACGAGAAGGACAUUCAUUGCUGUUCCGGCGUGUUUAACCGACACACAGCGACCGUAGCAAAGCGUGUAGCAAAACAUUCCCCACGGCCAGCAAAGAACAGAGAGAGAGAGAGAGCGCGCUCUAGCCUGAAGGCAGCAAAUGUUGUUGCUUGUUCAAAGUUUAGCGUUUGUAAGGUUGGCUAAUGAAAAAAGUUACCGACCAGCACCACCAGGAUUACUACUAUCACUGCUGCCCUGCACGUCUGACAGAGUGAUCUAGUCGAGGAACUGUUGUAUCAUGUGAAGAAGCGAGGCUCUUAACGAGGAGACACACACACAGAAAAAGUAGUUGUCACCACCGUCUCAGUACUCUCGGGCUCGAAGCAAUUAGAACCCAUUCAUUAGCUCUCGGAGGAAGCAGCAGCACCGACAACACAAAAAAGCUGCAAAACUCCACUUUUAACUGACCUCCCAAGCGCAGUGCCGGUUUGAUUAUCUCCCCAAAUGAGGAUUCCUUCAACGAGCAUCGCACGGUUGUUGUCAUCGUCAUUUUCGGUCAGCUCGCUGCCCACGCCAUCCUCAUCCUGUCCACUGUCGCCACUGGGUUUAGCACAAUUCGCACCAAUACCGGGCUGCCCGUGGUCACGAUCCGAUAGCCGGACGUGAAAUCAAGCAACACCAGUAGCAUCAUCCAAAGCAGCAGCAGCAGCUCCACCAGCAGCAGCACAAAGAAUCGUCGAUAGCUGAUAGGGCCAAAGGCUGGAAGAUUAGUGUCUCCUUUGCAGUACCUUGCGUGUGUGCGAAGGUUUAUCCGAUAAGGACAAACAGGAGAACGACGAGUAGCAGCAGCAGCAGUUGCGUGUAUUAGAUUGUUUCUCUGGUUCUCGGCCGUUUUCUUCGUUCCCUGCACUUCAAAACCAACAACGAUGGGCAAUAAAUGUUGCAGCAAACGACAGGAUCAGGAACUGGCGCUUACCUAUCCCGGCGGCUACAAGAAGGGUGAUAGCAGCUUUAACUCAAACCUUUCCGGACCGAAGCACAACAAUGGCGGUUCGAUCGAUUCCCGGUACACACCCGAUCCGAACCGGGGACAGCUUAUAAAACACCCGAAGGGUGGCGUAGACAUCAUCCGACCACGAACGACACCACUUCUACCCGGUCACAACACGAGAAGGAUAGUGGUCGCACUGUACAACUACAAUGCCCGCGAGGAAACGGAUGUCAGCUUCGUCAAGGGCGACCGGAUGGAGGUGCUGGACGAUACGGAAUCAGACUGGUGGCGUGUGGUACAUCUAAAGACCCGCCAGGAGGGUCUCAUUCCAUGGAACUUUGUCGCCGAAGAUCGCAGUGUCAACAGUGAAGACUGGUUCUUUGAAAAUGUUUCGCGGAAAGAGGCGGACAAGCUGCUGCUUGCGAAUGAAAACCCGCGCGGUACCUUCCUGGUGCGACCGUCCGAGCACAAUCCGAACGGGUUCUCGCUGUCGGUCAAAGAUUGGGAGGAAAGUCGAGGCUAUCACGUAAAGCACUACAAGAUCAAACCACUGGAUAAUGGAGGCUACUAUAUUGCAACGAAUCAAACGUUCCCAUCGCUCCCGGCACUGGUGAUGGCCUAUUCAAAGAAUGCUCUCGGACUGUGCCACGUACUGUCUAGUCCCUGUCCAAAGCCACAGCCACAGGUGUGGGACCUUGGGCCGGAACUGCGCGACAAGUGGGAAAUCAAUCGCAACGAGAUACAGCUAAUCCGCAAGCUCGGCCACGGCAACUUCGGCGAGGUGUACUACGGCAAAUGGCGAAACAACAUCGAGGUGGCGGUGAAAACGCUCCGCGAAGGUACCAUGUCCACGCAAGCGUUCCUGCAGGAGGCGGCCAUCAUGAAGAAGUUCCGCCACAGCCGGCUGGUAGCGCUGUACGCCGUCUGCUCCAAAGAGGAACCGAUCUACAUCGUGCAGGAGUACAUGUCCAAGGGCAGCCUGCUCGACUUUCUGCGCACCGGCGACGGUCAGUUCCUGCAGUUCGAGGAUCUGAUCUACAUCGCGGCCCAGGUUGCGUCCGGGAUGGAGUAUCUCGAGCUGAAGCAGCUGAUCCAUCGGGAUCUUGCCGCCCGGAACGUGCUGAUCGGCGAGAACAACGUGGCAAAGAUCUGUGAUUUCGGGCUGGCACGCGUGAUAGCGGACGACGAGUACUGCCCGAAGCAGGGCUCCCGGUUCCCGGUCAAGUGGACCGCACCGGAAGCGAUCGUGUACGGCAAGUUCUCGAUCAAGUCGGACGUCUGGUCGUACGGUAUACUGCUGAUGGAGCUGUUCACGUACGGGCAGGUGCCGUACCCGGGCAUGCACAGCCGCGAGGUGAUCGAGCAGAUCGAGCGCGGUUACCGGAUGCCCAAACCGACGGCGCACCACCUGCCGGACGACAUCUACAGCCUGAUGCUGAAGUGCUGGGACGCGAUACCGGACAAGCGGCCCACGUUCGAGUUUUUGAACCACUAUUUCCAGAACUUUACCAUCACCUCGGAGGUGCCGUACCGAGAGGUGCAGGAUUAAGCAUGUGUGUUUGUGUGUUAGGGUUUUAGGGAAAUCAUAAGAACGCGCAUCAGGCACGUGCAUCCGCGUGCGGCAUAAGAAAAAAAAAACAUUUUUUCGUACCCGGUUUCCUGGUCUCUUCGUGAGCCUCGCGCACGCACGUACCAGUUUCCGCUUGUUUUGCCUGGUACCCUUCAGUAUCUUCCCCUUGAGGAUACGUACUCGAAAAUGGAAGCGGCGCACGCACAAUUGCAUCUAAUUAGUUAGAUGCUGCAGAGCAUAAUUUUGUUAGACACACAUUUUUAACCCUCAUUGCCACUAGCGAUAACGAAGAAGCCGAACACCGAAUAUCAGUUGCCAGCUCCAGUUGCCAACUACCGUGCCGGGUGUGAUUGAUGGUGAUGAGCUUGUGCAAUAGGCACUGUGCCUCUCUCUCUUCUUCUCUCUCUAUUUACGAGCAAGAAGUGUGCGCAUUUACCGAGAGUCCCUUAGGUGUGACAAAUGUUUCCAGCACAUAUGUAAGGUAUUUUAGAGCAACAGAAGAAAACAAUCACCACCCCACGCAUGACAAUGAAAGACGAAUGACGCUCGGUGUCGUAGCUUAGCUGGUGUAAAGGGCAGGCAGAGCCACGGACAUAUGAGACUUAUUUUACCUUUCCGCAAAUUGCAGAAAAAGUAGAGCGAACAGCGAACAGCGGUCGUCAUCCACACAGGAAACUGGUGCGCACGUGCGUUGCGAAUGCAUAACAAGCGGAGAAUCACAACAGGAGCGAAGGUAGUACAUGGCGGUACACCACCAGGCUUUUCCUGACCGUUACUAGUUUUAAACGUAUAAUGCUUAAGAAGGUAAGAAAACACACACAUACACACAGUAGUAGUAAUUAAAGGAAAAUUUCGGGGCAAGAAGCAACCCCGAACAGCAGCUGCUAAAAGACGAUGAGUUUGCAGAACGAAACGGAGAAACUAAUAUAACCGAGGAUCGGUUAGAACUUUAGAAACUAGCAAGGAGACGUGUAUUUCGUCCCAGGGUUUUGCUGCUCCAUUUCUACUCUCCCCCAACUACUACUACUACUAGUACUGCUACCGCACAUGGUUCAGCCUCUCUGCCCCGUCCAACCAAUAGGUACACAUCAUCAGACACACACACACACAUGUGACGUGUUGCGGAUAAGAUUGUGGCGGCGAGAACCAGCCAAGACAGGACACGGUGGACUGGAUUAAAAACGGAGAGCAAGUAGGCAAGAAAAAAAAACCAAAGUUCAAAUGUUAUUCUUCUUAUUCUAAACUUGUGUAAAAGUGUAGGUUUUGAGAUUUAUUUAAAACAAAAAAAACGGAUGUGACCAAACGGGUGAGAGAUAUCCAUCAUGCCACGAUCACUCGAUCAUCUGGGAUCGAUUGAUCGUUCGUCUCCUGGGGUGUGGGUAGCAGUAGUUGCGUAUGUUUAUGUAAAUUAGUAUUCGAUAGUUUUUCUGUGUGUGUGUCCCUGUCUCUCUCUCUUUCUAUAUUUGUUUUCCUUCCUUGUUUUUAUUUUUGUAUCUUCUGUCCUCUCUUGACACUAUGUGUAAAAUCCGUGACUAUAAAAGGACAUAGAAGCAACCAUAAAAAUAUUCGCUCGAAAAAAAAACUAAAAAAAAUGGCCAAGCAACUUGUUGCAUCGUACAAGUAAAAACAAACAAAAAAUCCAUUCAAAAACAUGCUUAGAACACAAACCAUACAUGAAGCGGAUAAUCAUAGGACGACGCGGUGUAUAUGUGUUCACUACAAAGGAACAAUCGUGGAAGUUUGUGCGUGUAUGUGUUGUGGUAGUUUUUUGGUUUAAGAUUCUGUUGUUUUAGGAGUGAUUACGGAAGGACGUACGGACCGGAACAGCAAAUUAGCAAACUAAUGGUAUUGCACAAAGAACGAAAAGACAUAAAUUCCAUUACAAUUUUCUUUUUUCCCCGCUGUGUCGUAAAUGUCUCAUGCGCAACGAAGCUGUAACGACCCGAAAGGCAAAUCUCUAGUCCCUGCUGCGCGAGGUGUGAUACCACACUGCUGUCUUUUAUAUUUCCAGUCCUGAGAGGUUUUUUUUUAAAUCUACUACAACAGAAGAAGCGUAUUGUGUGUGAAGUUGACCGUUUUUAGCGAGUAGUGGAUGGCGCACAACAAUCGUUUUUGAAUCAAAUGUGUCUUCAAACUGCCAUAGAGAAAGGGAGGGGAAAAAGAGCACCACUACGGUAACUACUAUUCACAAAAUUCCUACAACACUUUUCCCUACUAUCUCUCACCUUAACUUACAGUCGAUUGGGUUUUUUGAUACGAUCGUAUUUUUUUUCACCAAACUUUUUUUGCUGUUGUUGUUGUGAGUAGUGUUGUGAGUAGUGGAGUGUGCAUUAUUAAGUAGAGAAGCGAUUGCAAAAAUUAGAGCGAGGAUGGGAUGGAUGGUAGCAGUGGUAUUUCCUCGAAGCUAAUAUACAAACCGAACGCAUAUUAACCGAACCGGAAACAAUAAUGAACAUGUGCAUUUCGACAGGUUUCGAUCAUGACCCAUCCAAAAAAAAAAAGCAUAAAACACUACACGACUAAACAAUUCACAUACACACACACACAAGAGGCUCCAGGGCUUCGGUCCCCCGUCAGUAUGGGAUGCGAAGAAUUUUAUCAGUAAACUGUGGAGAGAUACGCCGCUAAAAACCUAAACCCUCUACUAAAAGCCAGCUCUGUCGCUGCUGCUCAUAAUACCGGAACAGAAUAAGGAAAGUAAAGAAGAAGGACACAUCCAUAUACGAGCGCUAGAAAGAACGAAAGAGAGAUAGAGCGAGGGAGAGAGAGAGAGAGAGAGCGAGAGACAUUAAACAUAUGGUACACGCGUAAGUAAAGCAUAAAGUAAACUCUAAAUUAAAUUAGAUAUAUUCGAGCAUAUAAGCGUAAUCGUCGUGGGUGGAUGAUGAUCAUCAUGGAGCAGGUGCACGUAACUAUAAAGUAUCGAACACAGGAAGAAAGGCGGAAUCGUACGAAUUGUGUAGAGGCAGAAGAAAAAAAAACCACAACAUCGGAAGCGGGAGGCAAAAUGGUGAAAACGAAAAUAAAAACAAAACAUAAAACACAUACAAAAUGGCCAAAUCAGUACCAUCAAUCAGCGGACAUCUUCGUCAUCAUCAUCACGGCACAGCACAUCCCAUAGUCCGUACGAUCCGUCGUCGUACUGUGCUCGGAAGCCUUUUUCCCUCCCAUUUCUCCUGCUCGGUCGAUUGGGAGUGGUGUUGGAAAUAAUCACUCAGUAAGGUGAAUGAGCUGGAGUAGUGAGUUAAAUUUUAUACUCACUCUUUAAAGUUAUAUCUCGAGAAGGAAUGAUGAAACUCUGCGUGAGGAUUAGCCACUCACCUAGUACGUUUUAACUCACUUAAUUCGUUUUAACUCACUUCUCAUUGAUCACAAAUUGUUUUUACUGAAAUCAUUUUGUCAUCGUGUUAUGAUUUAAUUCAUAAUGAGAGAGUGAGUUAGAACGCAGUGAGAGGUUAGUCGUCGCGGAGAAUUAAAUCACAAGUGAGUUGAAAGAACUCUUCGUGGUGAUUGAAAACAUCUUAUUCAUUGCUAAGAAUUAAGUCAUCCACUCAUUCUGCCUCAGUUUGCACAUCACUAAUCGGGAGGUUGUUGGUGAUCUAUACAAGAAAAUCGAUCAGGCAAAUUUGUAUGAUGACGUUUGUACGAUCAUGAUCGCUGCUUAAACGGGGUGUGUGUCCACUUUGAAGGAUUUUUGCUACCUUUCUGUCGGUAGAAACGCGCCUGAUUCUGUCAGUGAACUGGUGGAAGCAUUUUAUUGAGAAAUUGUUAGUGGCUUUUUAAAAGAAAUGGUCGAUAGAUUGUGAAGGACUUGUGCUUUCUGUGCAGCAGCUAAAGACACAUUCACACGUGAGGAUUAUUUGUUAAAUCGAUUUUUUUAAUGAGCAGCUUAAACUCUAUAAUCCACUAAAAAAAAUUCCCAUACAGAAAUACACGCCCACUCACACACACACUCAAAAACUGCACUUUCCACAAAACCUUAUAAUACUACAUAUAAAUAGGUAACAACAACAAAUCAAACUAUUCCGACCAACAACAUCAGAACACUGGUUUUAGAAAACAAAUGGUAUUUCAUAAUGAAAACACGUGUUUCCAAUCAACUAAACCAGCCAAGCUAACUAGCUAACAAAAUCCGCAAACAGCCACACUUGAGUGAUACCUGUCUUUACGCCGAUCAGCACGGGAGGAAUAAUGUUUCGAGCGAUUAAAAAGUAAAACCCAUUAUCCUUAUCACAUACAAUACACCCACACAUACACACCUUUAGCUACUUUUACCCGAAUUUUCUCACGGAACGGAAAGCAAACGGUUGAAAGCCCUAGUGGUACACUUACUGCAAACCAUUAGUAACUACUUCUAAUGCGUGCGUUUUUACAGGCGAAAGACGUGUUUGGAGGAAGGACAUUCAAAACCUGAAACAAGUGUGUGUGUGUGUUAUCAAACACAACUAACCAAAACCAAUAAGCGAAAUCGAAAACUAAACCAAUAACAACAAAACUUGUAGUAUAUUAUAAUUAUACUAAUAGAACAAAAAAAAAAAACAGGAAAGGAGGAUGAAGAAAGUUUUUUACUAAAAUAAAUUAUUAAACGAAAAGGGCAGCCGUUAAGGGGAGAAGCAUUUUAUACAACAACAAGGGGAAACCCUAGCUAAAGGAAAUAAGAAAACUUACAGAAAACGAAACAAAAAAGCCACAGAACAUCAUCCAUAAAAGCGACGGAGUGGUCUUACGAAGCCACAAAAACAUUACACGCUACUACACACACCAGAAGAAGAAAAAAAAACUUUACACUCAGUCUUAUACACAUUAUCACUAUUUCCGCCAUGCCCCAUGCAGUAGCAGCAGUAUAAAUAUCAUAGUAUGUACUUUGAUUUGUUUUAACAUGAGAAAAAAACAUGGUGGAAAGAUUCACCCACGUGCUCGUGCAGAUCGAACAAGGAUCUAGUGGUUAGGAUCGUUAAUGAAAAAAAUGCGCUAUGAAAGCAACCAAUCCUCUUUGCGCUCGUCCUUAGUACGAUGGGGACAAACCAUCAUCGAAGGCGGUAGAUGAAUCAUUGUAAAAAUGGACCCAAGAUAACAAUCUUCCCUCGCUGAAAACACCCCAUACACGUGAUCGUUAAUGGGUGAAAUUUAAAUGCAAUCCUGUUAGUGUGGUUCUGAUGUACCGUACGAUGUACUGAGAGGAGAAGCGGUUAACCUGAUCUUUUUGCUAUGGAAAAAUGCAUCCUGCUGCACACACAGAAACAGAAAACAAAGGACAGAAAGCUUCAUUGCAGACAGUAUUGUA